AUGUGUGAACAAACAAAACGUUAUUUUUCUCCACGUCUUGUUGAUUAUGUGAUUAUAGUUGGUUGUCGACAUCCAAAUAAAUAUAAUCAUGUAACACAAACACCUGAAUUACUUCGUCGUUAUCCAUUAGAAGAUCAUAAAGAUUUUGCAUUACCACCAGAUGUUAUUUUUUUUUGUCAACCUGAAGGUUGUAUUAAUACAGGUCAUCAACGUACAGCAUUUCGUCAAUUAACAUCAUUUGUAUUUACAUUAACCGAAAAAGAUUCUAAUCGACAACGUUUUGGUAUAUGUGUAAAUUUUUAUCGACAUUUUUCUCGACGUACAUGUUCAAUACAUAAUCAAAAUCAAGAAAAAAUUAAUCAAACUAAUUCAUCUGAUGAUACAACUCAUUUAACAUCAAUAACUAAUAAUGAUGAAGUAGAUAAUAAAGAACAUAAACGUAAACGACGUUUAAGAAAUAAUACAUUAACAUCUAUUUGUCUUAUAAGUCAUCAUCCAUUUUUUACACGUUUUCGAGAAUGUCUUGUAACAUUAAAAACAAUAAUUGAUGCUUGUAAUGAACGAUCAAGUGCAAAACGCACAGGUGCAUCAAAAGGAAUGUCUAGAGAAACAGUUUGGGGUGUAUUAACAGGUCAAGCAUGUGAAUGUACAUCGAAUUUAGUUGGUCAUGAAGUACGAGAAAUUGAAACAUGGAUGUUACGUUUACUAAGUGCACCAGUUUCUAUACCAGGAAAAACAAAAAUUUUGAUUGAAACAUUACCGAAUGAACCACCAAUGUUAUUUGCUUUACCUGAUCAUACAAGAUUUUCACUUGUAGAUUUUCCUCUUCAUCUACCUCUUGAAUUACUUGGUGUAGAUUUAUGUAUACGAGUUUUAACAUUAAUCAUGUUAGAAAAUAAGGUUGUAUUUCAAUCUCGUGAUUAUAAUGCAUUGACCAUGAGCGUUUUGGCAUUUGUUGCAUUACUUUAUCCACUUGAAUAUAUGUUUCCUGUUAUACCAUUAUUACCAACAUGUAUGACGGGUGCCGAACAACUUUUACUUAUUCCAACACCGUUUAUAAUUGGUGUACCAGCAAGUUUUUUUCCUUAUAAAGGAAUGCUAAUAAAAAAACUUGAUGAUAUAUGGAUUGUUGAUCUUGAUGCAAAUCAAAUUAUACAACCACGACAAGCUGAACCAUUUUUUGACAUUCCAGAAUUUGAAUAUAAUAUUUUAAGUAAUCAUUUAAAACAAGCUUUAAGUAGUAUGUCAAUAGAUCCUGAACCAAUACAAAGUUUUGAUGCUAUGCUCAAUGAUAAAUCAUAUUUAAUGACAGCAAAUAAUUCUACAUCAUUACCAUCAACAGCAUAUAAUCCAUUUAUAUAUGGUAAUGAUGUUGAUUCAGUUGAUAUAGCUACACGUGUUGCUAUGGUUCGAUUUUUUAAUUCACCAAAUAUACUUGGCAAUUUUAAUGAACAUACACGAACAUUAAGAUUACAUCCACGAGCUGUUGUAGCUUUUCAAUAUAGUAGUUUUAUAAGAUCACGACCAGUUAAAUCAGCAUUUAUUAUUCGUUUAGCAAAAACACAAGCUGUAGAAUUUUUUGCUGAAUGGUCACUUUGUCCCGAUAAUGUAGCAUUUUUACGUGUACAAACAGGUGUUUAUGAUCCAGCACUUAUUGGUGACAAACCAAAAUGGUAUAGUCGAAAUUUAACAUCAAUACCAUUUAAAAUUAUUGAAGAAAAUAGUACACUUACUCAAGCAGUUCAUUCAUUUAAUACAAAAGUAAAUGAUAUUGAACAUACAGAAACAGAUGAAAGUGGAAGUGAUUCUGAAGACGAUAGUGCAAGUUCUGAUUAUACAUCAUUAAGUGAUUUUGUAUCGGAAAUGAUUAAUAGUGAAAUAUGUGGAGAAAUUCGAAUUGUUAAAACUUAUCCAGAAAAUCAAAAAAAAACAGCUUGUGUAGAAUAUUCAACUGUUUAUAAUCCACCAGAAGAUUUAGAAAUACCUGAUAGUGGUUCAAAUAAAACUCCAAGUCCAAAUACAAGUGGAAAUGAAUCAAGUCAAUCAAUGAGUGAAUCAACAAUAAGUUCAAGUUCAAAUUCACUUGUUAAUUCAAGACUUAAUUCACCUUCGAAUGAUACAAAUGAUAUUAUACCUGAUCUAUCAGGUGCAAUACAUGAUCUUGAUUCAAAAUCAAGUUCAGCAACAAUUACACCUGUUACAAGAAGUUUUCCAAAACCACUUUUUGAUACAAAAACAUUGACGAAUGAAGAUAAUAUAGGACAAAGUUCACCUCCAGAAAUUCGUGCAAAGAAUAUAUCAAUUCAAAGAACUUCUAGUCAACGUGUUCGUACAACGCUACCACGUACCGAUAGUCAUGAUUCAACUGCAAGUGCAUUAACAACAAAAUCUGGACGUUUGCAUAAAACUGACUCAGAGAGUACAACAUCUUCUAAUCAUUCAUUACUUCAACAAGUUGGUGAUGAAAUUAAUUCAACAAUGGCUGGUCGAGUAGUUACAAAUAUGGCAAAAAUGGCAACAAAUAAAAUGUCUGAAUUACUCGCAUCAACAUCUGAAAAUCCUCGUCAAGCAAAUUCUCCAUUAAUUCGUGCUAAUCGUCCACCACCAUUUCCAUUUCCAAAACAAAAUCGUAAAAUAGAAAAACCAAGUCUAGUUAAACAUGGCACAACAACAUCAAAUACUUCAAAUAUUACACGACAACAAAAUGCUGAAGCAAAAGCAAAUACUCAUAGUGAAAAUCAACAAUUUCUAAAAGAUAUUGUUACUAAUGUUCUUGAUGGACAAGGUAUUGGUUGGUUAAAAAUAAAUCGUGUUAAAAAAUUAAUGGAAGAUGAAAAUUAUCGAAAUUUUGUUCUUAGUCGUCUUAAUAUAAAUCUUGAUAAAAAAUAUUCCGAUGAAGAUGAUCAUAUUGAAGAUAUUAAAAUUAAUCGAGCUGUUUUUAAAGGUAUGACAAAUAUAUUACGAGCUGUUAUACAAGGUCUUGAAGUAACAUUUGAAAAUAAUGGUCUUGGUGGUAUGGCAUCAACAUUUCAAUUACUUGAAAUAGCACAUACAUAUUAUUGGAUAAAAGAUAAUAAAACUGAUUUAAGUCCAAUGUCCGAACGAAAUAGUCCUCUUAGCGGUAGUCGAGAAAGUUUAUCAUCAAUUGAUCCAAAUAUUUCAUCGAAUCCAAUAUCACAUUCAACGAUUAUUCCAACUCAACAGCAACAACAACAGCAACAACAACAACAACAACAACAACAACAACAACAGCAAAGCAAUAUAACAAGUCCAAAUACAGGACUUGUUGCACAAUUAGGAAGUUUAUGGCGCGAAUCAAAAUUAGCACUUGCACGUAGCUAUGCAACAGCUGCACAAGCAAGUAUGAAUUUUGGAGGCAAUGUUGAACUUCGUACUAAUCCAAAGCAUUCGUUUUCACCUCAUGUACCAUUUCAUUCGACACUAACUGUUAGUUCAUCAUUAUCAUCAAAUAUGAAUUCCAAUAUUCGGCCUAUGAAUGCAGAUCGAAUAUCGGAUCCGGUCGAGGUCAACGAAGAUGGAUCGACGAGCAACAUCGAUGCCAACAGCCAAAAAUCAACAACGAACGAUACAACGAUAGAAAAUUAUGUUCGACCUGAUUCAUUGAAUUUUACAAAUGACUCAACAUCGAAAACAAAUACAAAUAUUUCACGUAUAAAUUCAAUAGUAACUGAUGAAGAAAAUGGAACAGAUUCAGGUUCAUCUAGUCGACGUCAAUCGAAAAUAAAUCAUCAUCUUAUACGUAUAUCAAAUCAAUGGAAUGAUGAUAAAUUAAAAAAUCGACGAUUAUCAAAUAUAUCAACAGCUAAAAGUGCUUGUUCUGCUGGAUAUAGAUUUCGUAAUGGAUCAAUUUUUCAAGUAGCUGAAAAUAAUCCAUCGGGUGUUAAUGAUAAACAAUAUUUAUUUGAAGUUCUUAUUGGUAGUUCACGUAGUCAUUUAUGGGAUCAAAUGCAAGUAUGGGAAGAUGUUUUUCUUGAUGCUGUUGCACAAGAACGUGAUAUUAUUGGUCUUGAUCAAGGUCCAGCUGAAAUGAUGGAACGUUAUUAUUCAUUAUCAAAUGCUGAUCGUAAACGUUUAGAAUUAGAUGAAGAUCGUUUAUUAGCCGUUAUGCUUUAUAAUUUAAUUGCAUUUAUGAUAAUGAUGCGUGUAAGUAAAGAAGAAAUUCGUCGAAAAAUUCGUCGAAUACUUGGCCGUUGUCAUAUUGGUUUAACAAUGAGUCAACAAGUUAAUGAAUUACUUGAUAGUAUUGCAAAUUUAAAUGGUAAUGAUGUUGAUUUACGUCCAGUAGGUAGUCGAUUAUUACAAAAACAAAGUUUUACUGUGCAUUGGGGAACAGAUAAUACUGGAGACAUGCUUUUUAUGGAGGUUUGGGAUGAUUGUAUUAUACUUCGCAGUGUACUUGGCGAAGUUUAUGAUCGUUGUUGGUUUGAAAAAUUAGUUAAUAUGACAUUUUGUCCAAAGACUAAAGUACUUUGUUUAUGGCGUAAAGCUGAUGGUGAAACACAACUUAAUAAAUUUUAUACAAAACGAUGUCGUGAUUUAUAUUUUUCAAUAAAAGAAGCUAUGGAAAAAGCAGCAUCGAGAAUGAAAGGUUCAUUACCUGGUCAAGAAUUGGGUGGUGAAUUUCCAAUAAGAGAUGUUAAUACAGGUGAAGGAGGGAUUUUACAAGUAUGCCUUGAAGGCAUUUGUUUAAUAUUUGAAAAUGAUAAAGAAUUUAUUGAAUUACAAAAAAUUCGAAAAUGUACAACACAAAAAGGAGAUAUAUUUGUACUUGAAGAAUUUGAUCCAAAUACAAAACAAAUACUUAUUAGAAAAUAUAAAUCAUCAACGGCGAGUAGUGCCCUGCUUGCUUUUCAUCGUGUUGUAUCUAUUAUGGUUGAACGUCGUAAAAUAAAUUCUGCUAAUAUUGUAUCCAAUGUUAAUCAUCAUCAUACACUGCAGGCUAUCGAUGGAUUAGGCUGA